GCCUGUAAGAAGGCUUCACAGAACGGAGCUGCAGUGUCCCUUGGUCGUCGAGCUUCAAACGGCCGCGAUGGCUUUGAUCUUGCUUCUACAUCACACUCGGGUCAUCAAGCUUCGAACAUUCUCGAUGGGUCUGAUCUUGCUUCUACGUCCCACUUGGGUCGUCAUGCUUCGAACAGCCGCCAUGGGUCUGAUCUUGCUUCUACGUCGCACUCGGGUCGUCAUGCUUCGAACAGCCGCCAUGGGUCUGAUCUUGCUUCUGUGUCGCACUCUGCGGCACCCUCUCCGCCUCAGCACCCUGCUCCCGCCACUGUAGCUGUCCCCCCGAUGGAUCAACACAAUGCCCCCGCCCCUGCAGCAGCCCCCCCUAUGGAUCAACACAACGUUCCAGCCCCCCCUUUGGAUCAAGAGCCCGUUCCUGCCCCUGCAGCUGUCCCCCUUUUGGAUCGCCCCGCUCCCAUCCCUGUGGCAGCACCUCCUCUGUACCAACACCCUGCCCCACCAGCGGCUCUUCCUCAACGUCCUGUUCAUGGCGAAGCUGGAAAUCUUGCACACCAGCUGAAUGCAGCUGUCCAGGGUCCACUGCGACCACUCUAUGAAGUCAGGCAAGGGAAUAUUCAUCUGGGAGACGAUGUCUACCUCUCCGAAACAAAAAUGACGCACCUUUUGAAACUGCCAAGUGACCAGAGAUUCACUAAAGAUCUCAUGCGGUGCAUCUGGUCCAUCGAAGAGCUGCGGCAAAGAAGCGUGACAGGCCAAGCCAGCCGUCGCCUGGCCAAACUUGGAGCCGCAGCAAAGCAAGCACUCACACCAAGGAAGGUGGCCGCAGUAAAAAACGCCUUGAGCUACUACAUCAACCACCACCCAAACCCUGAGGCUGCCAACCCCCAAGAAGACCAUGCUGUCCGCCUGCGACAGAUUAACAAUACAAUGACGAACUUUCUUUCGGAUCUGGGCCGCCCUGCCAGGUGCCGCAGUGCAGAGUGAAUUUUUUCUGUAAAAGAAUGUUGAGUUGGGCAAGUUGGUUUAUCUUAGAUUAGAAAAGCGCCAGAAAACAAGGACAACAGCGCA